AUAAAUAAACGUUAAAAAAAAAAAAAAAAGCCAGAAAAAGAGGAAGUGAGGAAAAAAGAACAGAUGGGACAAAUAGAAAAUAAAUAGCAAGAUGAUAGGCCAUCAGUAAUGGCCUACUGAGGGUUCCGAGCCCAUGGUCCCGGCUGUGAUGUAGGGGAGAGGCUGGUGGCAGCCACCACGGUGGUUUUGCCCUGUCCCCUGAAGAGGCAGCCAUGGUUUGGGUGGACCAAGGUGUGGUGGAGGCUGGGGGGCAGGUGAACUUGGCCCCCGAGGCUGGUGGGGCCGGUAGGGAAGGAUGAAUGAGCAAGGGGAAAAACAAGGAUGGAGGAGACAUGCUGAUGGUGGUGAAAUACCAUUUGGAGCUGCGUGCAUUUGGAGAUUAAGGCUGGUGGACCCUUUACAGAAGGAAGAAGAUACAGAAUUUUUAAACCUUGUCUCACAAGUGUAUGGUAGAGCUAAAGAAGACAAACAAGCAAGGGUCAUCUGAAAUUGAAAUCAGCUCACUAAUAAUCUCAGAGUUGGAGAUCACUACUCAAGCACAAGACCUUUACAAAGAUGGUUGGGGCACCUGGGUGUCUCAGUAGGUUAAACAUCUGACUUUUGAUUUCAGCUCAGGUCAUGAUCUCAAGGUUCAUGGGUUGGAAAUCUAAGCAUGGAAGCUGCUUGAGAUUCUCUCUCCCUCUCUCCCUGCUCCUCCCCUGCUUGUGCACAUUCUCUCUCUCUCUCAACAUAAAGAAAUAAACUUCAAACAAACAAAAACUAUGAAGAUGGUUGAUAUAAAGUCCUGGGCUGAGUAUGUUGUGGAUUGGGCUGCAAAGGACCCAUAUGGCUUCCUUACAACAGUUAUUUUGGCCGUUACACCAUUGUUUCUAGUAAAUGCCAUAGUGUCCCGGAAAUUGGUCAAGAUGAUUGAGGCCAGGGAAAAGGACCAAAAGAAGAAACAAAAAUGUCAAGAAAAUAUUGCAAAAGCUAAAUAACUGAAUAAGCACUUAAGGAAUGAACAGGCUGUACAACCAGAGGUAAAUCGUUUGGAAAAUUAUGCAGUUUUGGAAGGACCCACUAAGGUUUCUUUUCUGUUUUUCAUGACAGUAAUUUGUAGUAAAGUCUGAGCACAUGGAAGAAUCAUGUUAGUUAUGACUUCUACUGCAGCAACUUUUAGGCUUUGGUGUAGAAGUCUGUUGGUGGUUAUUGUAAAUUGGCAUUUAUUAUGCUAUAAAUUCUUUAUAACUGACUUAGUCAUUUGCCAUUUUGCAGUUUAUGUACUGUAAUGAAAGCAUCCUGUGGAAAAUGACCCUACAUUAUGAACUCUAUUCAAAUAAUGGCUUAGAACAGGGUCCUGUUGUGGACGAAGGAAAUUAAGAACUUAAAAAUCAGAAUUAUACUGAUGUAGAAAGUGUGCUUUGGCUUUUAAGCCUUUUAAGACACAUAGUAUAUUAAUUAUUAUAUCCUUUAUCAUUAUCGCUUAUUUCUUGGAAUAGAAUCAUUUCUGGCUUUUUCAAAGCCAAAUAUUAACCAAUGACUAUUUCUGUGUUCUGCAUUUUUCUCAUUUUAGCCUUAGAGAUAAUUAUCAGAUAUUCUGCAUUUCUUAAAAUCUAAUUUUAUAAAGAAUUCUCAUAUUGACUAUGAAGAAAACCACCUACCAGAUAUAACCAUGUUUGUACUUAUGAACACUGCCAUUUUCUUAGAGAUGUCUUGUUGAGUAGAAUAACACUAUGACUUAAACGCUUGCAGUAAAAAUGCCAAACCUUGUGGUACCUUGGAACCAGUUUAUUCUUUCUUGUGCUAAGUAGAAAUGUGAAGUAGUUAAAAUGUCUUAUCAGAUAAUUUGCUGAUUAAAUAAAUGCCACAUUUGUGUUUUUUCUAUUCUUUGUAUUACCU